CUCAGAACCGUACUCUGGGAUAGUACUAGCAUUCCAAAAAUCCAAAGCGAAGGUGAAGCGGCCCGCGUUAGUUCCGAGUCGUCGUCGUCUCCUGCCGCCCUGCCCGUUCCGGCCUUCCGGGCGCCUCCGCCGCCCUCGCCCCCGGCUCGCCGCGACAUUUCGUCGACCACCUCCACGGCGCGGCCGUUUUGAGCCGUCGCACGCGCCACGGGGACGCCUCCGGCGCGCGCUCCCCACGCCGGCUCCGCCCCGCUGCCAUGGGCUCCAGAGUCCUUCAGUUAGAUGUUCCUGCAGAUUCUGAGGCCUCUCCUAGGAGAAUUGUAUCAGGGAGUGUUAGUAGCCCUCUUGUGAAUGGUGAAAAGGGUCUCUUUCCGAAUCAGAAUGCAGGGUUCACUGCACUUGCAAGUCCUGUGAGGAGAGAAAUUGGAAACAGAUCAUUGGCAAGGUCCUUCUGUGUUGAUGACAACGACUUGGAAGAUGGUAAGUCCUCAAAAGAAAGGGAAAGCUCUGCACAGUUACUCAGGCUCCCAAAGAUUCAGAAUCAGGCUCUCCUAUCUGGUCUGGCUUACUGUGUAUCAUCAUGCAGCAUGAUUUUAGUCAACAAAUUUGUUUUAUCUGGCUAUGCUUUCAAUGCGCCAGUAUUUUUGAUGUUAUACCAGAACAUUGUAUCAGUGACUAUAGUUUCUACACUAUCCCUGUCCGGUGCUGUUCCAACUGAACCAUUGACAUGGAAUCUAAUCAAAGUUUGGUUGCCUGUGAAUAUCAUCUUUGUUGGAAUGCUGAUCACAAGCAUGUUUAGUUUGAAGUACAUUAAUGUUGCAAUGCUGACUAUACUGAAGAAUGUUGCCAAUGUCCUGACUGCUUCUGGGGAGACCUAUUUUUUCAAGAAGCAGCAUGGUACUCAAGUCUGGAUUGCUCUUUUGUUGAUGAUAAUCUCUGCAGUUGCAGGAGGAAUAACAGAUUUGUCAUUUCAUGCUGUCGGAUAUGUCUGGCAGAUCUUAAAUUGUUUUCUGACAGCGUCAUAUUCGCUUACAUUGCGUCAUGUAAUGGAUGGUGCUAAGCAAGCCACCAAGUCUGGGAAUUUGAAUGAGCUUUCAAUGGUGUUGCUGAAUAAUGUUCUUUCACUGCCAUUGGGAAUUAUUCUUGUGCUUGGUUUGAAUGAAGUUGAGUACCUUUUGGAGACGUCUCUCUUAAGGAUGCCUGAGUUUUGGCUAGUCAUCACUGCUAGUGGAGUUUUGGGGCUUGGAAUCAGCUUUACUUCGAUGUGGUUUCUUCAUCAGACAAGCGCAACAACAUAUAGCCUUGUGGGCUCCUUAAACAAGAUCCCUCUUUCGAUCGCUGGAAUAGUUCUCUUCAAUGUUCGUACAAGCGUGCAGAAUUCUUUGAGCAUUCUGUUUGGUCUAUUAGCAGGGGUGUUUUUCGCCAGGGCUAAAUUGCGAGAUAACUCUCCGACAUAGUGACCAUUGGGCAGGCUUUAUAGUUUGUAGCCGGCAAGAGAUAGAUACCGGUGAUGGCCAUGAGCUCAGAAGCACACCCAACCCAAGAAUUACUAUUGCGGGAAAUCUGUGCAGGUGCAAUGGUUGUUUGCCACCUGACCAGGCAAAGAGACAACACAAGCACACGGAUUGGCCUGGAACUCACUGGUUCUUUUAUCGCCACAAGCUGACCUGGACCCCAGUUGUUAUUAGUCUUCUGGUGGUGGUAUACUGGUAUACGUCUUCGUUCUUACUGUAAGAUACAAAACAUGGAUGCAACUGAAUUUCAGGCUGUUUGGGAUGGACAUGGUGGUUGAGUUGAUGUAUUGUAGCCUGUAAAGUCAUGGUGGUUGGAUCGAUGGGGGAUGUAAAUUUCCGCGUGUAUCAGAUUUAUUGUUAUGGUUGGUUCCAUAUGAUUCCAAUUGACCAAUAAAUAAAUAGAAGAAUACAUCGCAUAGAAUUUA